UCAGCACCCCGGGAACCAAUCGGACGAUGGCCGUCCGACCUUACUCCCCCACUCCGUCAUCAGCGCCGCAUGCCAGAAACCCGCUUCCGCACCCUUGUCCCACCAUCCCGAAACUCAACCUCUAGAACGAACUGCACCUCAUACUCACUUACCUAGCCCAGCGCGAUACUUUUUUGUUGAAAUCUAAACACCAAGCUCCCAAAAGUUCACGAUGUCUCAACAACAGCAGCCCAAAUACCUCACCGGCGACUCUGCCGCCACUCAAGAAUUCCUCGACAAAUUUGACGUCUUUCUCAUCGACUGUGAUGGCGUCCUCUGGUCCGGAGACCACCUAUUCGACGGCAUCCGCGAGACGCUCGCCUUCCUUCGCUCAAGAGGCAAGCGCACCGUCUUCGUAACAAACAACUCGACAAAGUCCCGCCAAGAAUACCACAAGAAAUUCGCCGCCCUCGACAUCCCCUCCGACGUGGAAGACAUCUUUGGCUCAGCCUACUCCUCCGCCGUCUACGUCUCCCGCAUCCUCGACCUCCCCGCCGACAAGCGCAAAGUCUUUGUCGUCGGUGAAGCCGGCAUCGAAGCCGAGCUCCGCGCCGAGGGCGUCGACUUCAUCGGCGGCACCGACCCGACUCUACGCCGCGACAUCACUCCGGAGGACUUUGCCGCCAUCGCCGACGGCUCCGCUCUCGACCCGCAAGUCGGCGUCGUGCUGGCCGGUCUGGACUUCCACAUCAACUAUCUGAAGUUGUCGUUGGGAUACCAGUACCUCCGCCGCGGCGCCGUCUUCCUCGCCACGAACACGGACAGCACGCUGCCCAUGUCGCACACUUUCUUCCCGGGCGCGGGCUCCAUCUCGAUCCCGCUCGUCAACAUGGCGCAGCAGCAGCCCGUUGCGCUGGGGAAGCCGUCGCAGGCCAUGAUGGACGCCGUCGAGGGGAAGUUCCAGCUGAACCGCGAGCGGACGUGCAUGAUUGGCGACCGGCUCGAUACCGAUAUCAAGUUUGGUAUCGAGGGGAAGUUGGGCGGCACGCUCGCCGUCUUGACCGGUGUGCACAAGAAGGAGGAUUGGGAGAAGGAGGGCGCGGCGGCUGUGCCGGCGUACUAUGUUGAUAGCCUCGCCAGCUUGAAGCUUGAUGCUUGAGAAAUGAGUACGCGGGCUGUGUGACACGGUUGGAAUGAGUUUGGUAUGAUUAUUUCCCUAUGACUACAUGCUUCAGAUGCAUAGACGGACUCCAUAACGACCUCAUUGGAAACUAGAAAGAAACCCCCUAGAAGAAUACACAAAUGCAGUUGACCGUCUAUUCCGACUUACUCGAUGCACACCCCACCACCAGAGACAUGCUCCGUCACG